AUGUCACUGACGACAACGCUGAACACUAGCAAGAUAGCGCCAUCUCAACAGGAUUUUUAUCCAAAAGUACAGCCUCGUUCAUCAGCUGAGAGGGAUAACAGCAUUCUGUUGCACUCGGCAUUGAAGGCAGCCUCCACCGACAUGGCACACAAGCUGUUGGAUUAUGCUUCAUUGGACAAGACGGAUUGCGAGGCAAGUUGUAUCCUCAUUGCACUGGCCAACCAUGAACCACUUUUAUCUCGGUCAAAUAAGACAAAUGAGUCAAAUGGAGAGACCAGCGAGCCAAAGCAGCCAGAUCAAGACAAGAUGAAUCAAGAAAACCUCUCGAGCAAGCAGGCAUCUCAAGAUGUAACACAAACAAACGACAAGAAAUCUCAACAGAAAAACGACCCAAUUAUGCUGCUCAUGGCAGCGGCGGAAGUGGUUAAUCGUCAAUCUCAUUCUGAUGAAAAGAGAAAGAGAUACAGUUAUCCCAGCAGAUAUUAUCAUCGCACAUCGGACGAAUGGACUCCUCAACACAAGCGAAUGUGCACUAGUCCACCCACCUCGCCUGCUCCAACUUACAAACCAGACACGUGGCGUAAAAAUUCUUCCAGAUUCCAUAGCAAGAGCGAUCAUAAAAGUAGCACAAAGGUUGCGGCAAACAACAGCUUUUCAAGACAAUAUCACUCCAUGAAGCAAAACCCAAAGAUCAAGCAGAAUGCCUUGCACACCUACAUUACCUAUAUGAUUUACAACGAUUUAGCCCAUGGUGGUGGUACACAUCAGAACGGGAAAACAAAUGCCAUGACGACUUCUACAUUAGCAAAUGGUGCAAUUGAGAAAAAUCAUCAGCCCAAUGUAUUCGAGUCGGUGAGCACCAACAACAUGCACCCUUCUACUGCUUCCUCUUCCGUAUCGCCAAAUUACUACAAGCAAUCAAAGCAGAGAAAUGAGCAUCUUCACCAUCGCCCCUAUGCAGGAGAUGCAUUGCACAAUAGCCCAGGUAGUAGCAGCAGCAUGCGAUCAGUGUCUACCACACCUGCAGAUGUCAACACCCAUUCCCAGCUGACGACAUCAAGCACGACGACAGGCAACACCAGUGAUUCCAAGAGCACCAUCAGCAGUUUAUCCUCUCCAUGGUACCCACCUGCUAAUCAUUCGCCAUUGAAUGCUCGCUCUUCUAUUGCUCCAUCAGCACCACCACCACCGCCGCCUACGUUUCACGAUGAACGCUCUAUUCUCUCUCGUCCUUUGACCGCCUUUCUCUGGGACAAAGACGACAAGCCAUCCCCUACAUCAACGCCCAAGAAAGACAUGAUGGUUUUACCUCCUCUCUCUUCUGCAAAAGCAUCAUCUUCACCAAACGAUUUUAGUCGAUUGAAAUCUGUAUAA